AUGCUUGCCGCUAGAGGAGUUUCACUUGGACUUGGAAAGAUCAAUUUGUCCGAUCUUAAUCAUCUACCGUCCGAGAAGCAUAGGGUUUCGCAGCUGAAAAGGGAGGAUAAAGUGAAGAAGCCAAGGAUAGUCGUGAAGAAGAAGGCGGAUGCAAAGAUAAUUCAAGCUGUCUCAACGGAAAUGUCUGUAGCCCAUUCCUCAGUUGUGAAAAAGAAACGACAGCAAGAGGAGAGAAAUCUCAGGACUACCAUCAACUGGGAUCUCUUCGUUACGCUAGCCGGCUUUUGGGAAGAUUCCGCAGUGGACAUCAUCGACGAGGAAUAUGACCGGCUUGUUGAACACCUUCACGACUGCGCGAAGAAGGCUGAGACGUGGAGCAGCACGAGCCCAGGGAACCAAGAACUCACGUCCGAGCUCGCAAGGCUUUGCCGAGAGGCGAUAAAGGAAGACCUUAAAGAGAGAAGAGCAGAAGUGCUGGCUGAAGCUGCAGAGGCGGGGAAAAGCAUCCGCUAUGCCCGUCGAGACUUCGCCAGUCGCAAGACGAGGAUGACUGCUCUGGAACCCAAAGGGAACAACAAUUGCUUCGAGAAAGGGGUGGAGAAAAUCAUCUACGACUUCUACUCUGAUCUCUUCUACAGCCAUGUCCACUUGCCUCCUCACCAUCUGAGGGAAGAUGGACAAGUCAUUCCAGAGGUUGUCCCGUCCGAAAUACGACACGCUAUCAUGUCGGUAAGAAAUCGUACGGCACCCGGUCCCGACAGAAUAAGACCAGAACACCUGAAGAGCCUUCCGCCAGUACUCAUCAACACCCUGGCGAGGCUCUUUACACGUUAUCUGUCGGAAUGCAAGGUUCCUAAACAGUGGAAGACCAGCAAGACCGUGUUGUUGUAUAAAAAGGGAGAUCCACAUGACAUCGGCAACUAUCGCGCCUACUGUGCGUCAUCUACAAGCUCUUUACAAGACACGAUUGACCACAUUCACACUGUUUCGAAACUCAUCGAGGUAUCACGAGAGUACAAGAUGCCGCUCUGUCUCACCUUCAUCGACUUAAAGAAGGCUUUCGACUCGGUUGAGACGGAAGCGGUCGUGGAAGCCUUGGACAACCAAGGCGUCCCUACUCAAUAUAUAAAGGGUGAUACAAUUUCACCCAAAAUAUUCACAGCCACCCUCGAGAACGCAAUGCGAAAGUUGGAAUGGGACGACAUGGGAGUGAAGGUUGAUGGUCGGCAGCUACACCAUUUGCGCUUUGCUGAUGACAUCGUACUGGUAACACCAGCAUCAGCCAAGCGGAACGAAUGCGACCGAAUUCGACGAAACAUGUGGAUGCAUCGGUCUUCAGCUGAAUCUGCAAAAGACGAUGUUCAUGCGGAACGGAUGGGUCUCGGAUGCCCCAUUCACGCUCAACGGAACGAACAUAUCCGAAUGCACCAGCUACGUUUAUCUGGGUCGGGAACUGAACAUGAUGAACGACCUGACCCCCGAGCUGGGCAGGAGACGAGCGGCUUGGGGAGCGUACAAGAGCAUCGAGGAUGUAGUGAAGAAGACCAGGAACACCCGGCUCCGUGCUACCCUUCAACACCACCGUACUUCCUGCUUGACCUAUGCUUCGGAAACCUGGGCAUUUCGCAAGCAGGAAGAAAACGCGGUGAGCGUCAUUGA